UUGCCGGCAGGGGCUUGACAAAACGAUUCAUUCGAUCUUGGUGUUGGUCGAAACCGGCCGCACGUUCAUUGCUUUCUUGAAUUUGUAUUAAUUCUUGAGUAGUCAGAAUUUUCAUCUGAUUACUUUAUUACCAUUGUGAAAGGGAGCGGAACGUUCUACGGCCGUAGAACACCACCACGUCAACUGAGAGAAGAUGCCUAGCUUUCCACAAUUAGGACUCGGUAGUGAUCCAUCAGUUGAUUUAGGAUUUGGUCUUAAUUUGAGUCGUUUGUGUGGCACGAACUCAAACGGCAACCAAGUUCAAUCUGCUCAAACCAACAACGGGACGAGCAGCAGUGGCACGAUGGGUGAAGCUACGAAUUUGGAGAUUAUGCAGAGAAUCAAUGCCAUGUUGGAGAACAGUCUUGAUCUUACUAACCUCACUGGAGAGGUGGCAUCGAAACGCAACUAUACUGAUUCCUUGUCCAUGUCGGAUUUGUUCUCCGGCUUCAGUUCUAAUGGGAACAAUGGGAAUCAAAUGGUUUCUCAGCAAGAUGACGUUUUGGCUAACUUGUUGCAACAACAUCAGCUCAGCCAAGCUUUAAAGCAGCACCAGUUGGAGCAACAAAGGGAGCAACAGAAUCAAUUGAAGUCUUUUAGCUCGUCAUCGCUGUUCCUCAACAAGAAUGAAGGUCAGUCAAUGAACAAAUUGAUCCCCAAUUCUUCAAACAACAAUCAGCCAUCGCAACGCUCUAUGUCGUUGAGCCAACAUCGUCAAUCGAUGGCUAGCUCGGGAUUAGGAGACUCGCCUACUUCAUCCGCGUCAUCGCCCGUUGCUAGUGGCCAGCCACGUACUACUCGUUCACAAUCUACUGGAGGUUUUAGCAGCUCUAUGCAGCCAGGGAUUCACUCAACGCCCACUUCGUGUUGUCGUCCUAUUCGCGGGACUUCUCUUUUUAGGGAAUCGGGCAGCCCUACUUUGGAACAGGUUUUGAUGAUGGGUUGUCAACGCGGCCAUGAUGGGCAAGGUGCCUCACCAACUGAAUCGGAUCUUUCCAUGUUGAGCUCGUCGGGAAUUUCAAGCGUCGAGUCUUCGCUUACUGAAUUAAUGCAAAGUCUCAAUAUGUCGGGAAGUAACACGUCUGGCGUGUCGCCGCCGAGUGUGAAUCCAUUUUCUAAUCAGGGGUUGCAGCAACAACUUACCUAUCAACAGCAACAGGCUUUACAAAACAGCAAACUGCAGGCAGCUUUGCAGCAGAAUGGAUUGGCCCAACUUGGUAGCCUGACUGGAAAUGAUAUGAGCCCACAGAGUUUGCAAACACUGCAGACCAAUCUGCAAAAUCUCCAGGAAUUGGCCAAUCUCCAGAACCUUCAAGCAUGGCAAAAUCUUCGUAAUCUUCAAAGUCUGCAGGCUAUUGCUGGGAACGCAAAUGGAUUAUCUUCUCUUUUAAACGGAUCUUCUGGCAAUGGGGUCGAUCGUAAUGCGUUGAAUGCUGUGGAGAAUGCAUUGCAAUCAUCUUGGUCACCCUCGUUGAGUGCUGCUGCCCUUGGAUUAGGGUCGGGAUCUUUCAAUUCUUCAUCAGGCCCAACUGAUGGAAAUAGUAAUCUGGAACGAGCUGCUCGUAUGUACCGCAACGCUGCUUCUCUUUGCGAACCAACAUGCACUUGGAGUGGUCAUCUUCCUCCGCGCGCCUACAAGAAUGCUACGUAUUCUUGUAAAGUCUUCCUAGGUGGCGUCCCAUGGGACAUAACUGAAGUAUCGCUCACUAACGCUUUCAAGCAGUUUGGAUCAAUCAAGGUGGAAUGGCCAGGCAAGGACAAUGUGGCUAAUCCCCCCAAAGGUUAUGUUUACAUAAUCUUCGACAACGAGAAACACGUCAAAUCUCUAUUGCAAGCUUGCACGCACGACUACAGCAACGGUGGUAGCUGGUACUACAAGAUUUCUUCGCGUCGCAUGCGCUCAAAGGAGGUGCAGGUUAUUCCCUGGAUGUUGAGCGACAGCAACUACGUCCGUUCGCCAACUCAGCGUCUUGAUCCCCAGAAAACUGUCUUCGUUGGAGCUUUGCAUGGAAUGCUCAAUGCUGAAGGUUUGGCGCACAUUAUGAAUGACUUGUUUGGUGGUGUUCUCUAUGCUGGAAUCGACACGGAUAAAUUUAAAUAUCCUAUUGGAUCGGGCCGUGUUACUUUCAACAACAAUCGCUCGUACAUGAAAGCUGUGGCUGCUGCGUUCAUCGAGAUCAAGACUCCCAAGUUCACCAAGAAGGUUCAAGUGGACCCGUAUUUGGAGGACUCGCUCUGCGCCACCUGCGGCGUCCAGCAAGGCCCAUACUUCUGUCGCGAUCUUGCUUGUUUCAAGUACUUCUGUCGUUCCUGCUGGCAGCUACAACAUCACUCGGAUUACGUGAAGCAUCAUAGACCACUAAUGCGUCACUACAAAGGUUCCGGGACGGCUUCCGGAUCGCAGAUAACCACCGCGUCUUCGCCAAUUGCCAACCAGCAUCAAGGUUAUCAACAAACUCCCGAUCUUCCUCAACCUACGGACAGUAACUAACUGGAAUUAAUUCCCUUUGCCUCUGACACUAUUGGCACAUCAAUCCGAACAAUUUUGCCUCCCAUUGAGGGCUGAGCCUUGAUUUUUUUUUUAUAUAGCAAGCCACUCUUUGAUUGAUGGAAUUUCCAUGGAAGUUUGAAACUUUUUUGUUUGCCCUCGAAGGUCUUAAAGAUUUGAAUUGCUAUUUUUCUAAAUUAGUGUAUCUUUAUAAUGAAUUUUCAAAUGGUUCUUUCUUAAUUGAAGAAUCUCGUCUAGGGGAUACGCGCACUGUUGGUAGUUUUUUUUCUUUUUUUUUUUCAUCUUAAACUCUUUAAUGUAGGCGGCUAUAUCCGAACCAUGAUUUUUCAAAUUAUUCAUAGUAUUUCGAAUAUUUACUUUUUUCUUAAACGGAAGCAUUUUUCCUGCAGCAGAAGGCAAAGUGUCCUCCAACUAUAGCCUUAACGUUUUUAAACGCUCAAAUGCUCAAGCCGCCAUUUCUCGAUUUUCCUGGCCGUCCAACUUUUUCUUAACAUUUUUUUUUGUGAACCUUUAUAGUUCUUAGAAAACGAGUUGGCUGCAAACGAAGGGCACAUUUUACAGGUCGUGGCAAUACGUCACGUCUUUCAGAUUUUCCUCGGGUAAUUUCUUAACUAUUCUGCAUAGAGAAUAGAGCACAAUCUACCUCAGGCUCAUUUAGUAUCUUAAAAUAUUUGUAAAUUUUCUUCAAUAUUGAUCAGAUUUUUUUCUAUAUUUCUGGAUAUGCACUUUUCUGUUUUCUCUCUUCUACUUGAGUAUUGUUUGUAUGUUUUUGUCAAACUCUUACUGAAAAUGUUGCAGACUUUGGACCUCCUCUUGGCUAAUGGUUAACGUCUCACACUCCUCCCUUUUAGACAAAACGUAGGAUUGUUUUGUUUUCUUGUUUUGGUUCCUUUUUUGCAGAAGGUCAUAACAUUUAAUUUAAUACAAAGUUCGAGCAAA